GGUUGGGAGGCGGUCGGUUCCAAGUGCACCGCGGCGCGGGGGAGACUGCGGGUUCUCAAGCAGCAACCCUGAGAGCGGCUCGCACGCCUCGACAGGACCCGCCACGCCGCGGCUGCUGCGAGCGGCCCUGCCCAGUGCGGACGCCGAGACUGACCUUUGCCGGGAUCCCAUCCCGGCAGCCGGCGUGUGCUGCCGGUCCUUGGCGUCCCCUCCGGCGCGCUCUUGGAGCCACUUUCCAGAGCGGAAGUCUGCCUGCUCGGGCUCUGGUGGGGCCUGCUCGGAGGAAUGGCGCCGCCGGGUUCAAGCGCUGUCUUCCUGUUGGCCCUGACAAUCAUAGCCAGCACCCAGGCUCUGACACCUACCCACUACCUCACCAAGCAUGAUGUGGAGAGACUGAAAGCCUCAUUGGAGCGCCCUUUCACAAAUCUGGAGUCUGCCUUCUACUCCAUCGUGGGACUCAACAGCCUUGGGGCACAAGUGCCAGACGUCAAGAAAGCGUGUACCUUCAUCAAGUCUAACCUUGACCCCAGCAACGUGGAUUCCCUCUUCUAUGCUGCCCAGUCGAGCCAGGUCCUCUCAGGCUGUGAGAUAUCUGUUUCAAAUGAGACCAAAGACCUGCUUCUGGCAGCAGUCAGUGAAGACUCCUCUGUUGCCCAGAUCUACCAUGCAGUUGCAGCGCUCAGUGGCUUUGGCCUUCCCUUGGCAUCCCAUGAAGCCCUUGGUGCCCUUACUGCUCGUCUCAGCAAGGAGGAGACUGUGCUGGCAACGGUCCAGGCUCUGCAGACCGCAUCCCACCUAUCACAGCAGGCUGACCUGAGGAACAUUGUGGAGGAGAUUGAGGACCUUGUUGCUCGCUUGGAUGAACUAGGGGGCGUGUAUCUCCAGUUUGAGGAAGGACUGGAAACCACAGCGUUGUUUGUUGCUGCCACCUACAAGCUCAUGGAUCAUGUGGGGACUGAACCAUCCAUAAAGGAGGAUCAGGUCAUCCAGCUAAUGAACACUAUCUUCAGCAAGAAGAACUUUGAGUCUCUCUCAGAAGCCUUCAGCGUGGCCUCUGCUGCUGCUGCAUUAUCCCAGAAUCGCUACCACAUGCCAGUGGUGGUUGUGCCUGAGGGCUCUGCUUCUGAUACUCAGGAACAGGCCAUCCUUCGGUUGCAAGUCAGCAAUGUUUUGUCUCAGCCUCUGACUCAAGCUACGGUUAAGCUGGAGCAUGCUAAGUCAGUGGCUUCCAGAGCUACUACUGUCCUGCAGAAGAUGCCCUUCACCCUUGCAGGGGAUGUUUUUGAGCUAAACUUCAAGAAUGUUAAACUUGCCAGUGGCUACUAUGACUUCUCUGUCAGAGUUGAAGGUGACAGCCGCUACAUUGCGAACACUGCAGAGCUUAGAGUCAAGAUCUCCACUGAAGUUGGCAUCACAAAUGUCGAUCUUUCCACUGUGGAUAAGGAUCAGAGCAUUGCCCCCAAAACUACCCGGGUGACUUACCCAGCCAAAGCCAAGGGUCCAUUCAUCGCGGACAGCCAUCAGAACUUCGCCCUGUUCUUCCAGUUGGUAGAUGUGAACACUGGUGCAGAGCUCACCCCUCACCAGACAUUUGUUCGACUUCAUAACCAGAAGACUGGCCAGGAAGUGGUGUUUGUUGCUGAGCCGGAUAACAAAAAUGUGUAUAAGUUUGAACUGGACACCUCUGAAAGAAAGAUCGAGUUUGACUCUGCCUCUGGUACCUACACACUCUACUUAAUCAUUGGAGAUGCCACUUUGAAGAACCCGAUCCUCUGGAAUGUGGCUGAUGUGGUCAUCAAGUUCCCUGAAGAAGAAGCUCCCUCCACUGUCCUGUCCCAGAACCUUUUUACCCCAAAGCAGGAAAUUCAGCACCUGUUCCGAGAGCCUGAGAAGAGGCCCCCCACAGUGGUGUCCAAUACAUUCACAGCCCUCAUUCUCUCGCCCUUGCUCCUGCUCUUUGCACUGUGGAUCCGGAUUGGUGCCAAUAUCUCCAACUUCACUUUUGCUCCUAGCACAAUUAUCUUUCACCUGGGACACGCUGCGAUGCUGGGGCUCAUGUAUGUCUACUGGACUCAGCUCAACAUGUUCCAGACCCUGAAGUACCUGGCUGUCCUGGGCACUGUGACAUUUCUGGCUGGCAAUCGAAUGCUGGCCCAGCAGGCAGUCAAGAGGAUCGCUGCAGAGCAGAGCAGUAGAUUGGCAAAAUAUAGGACACUACGAACAGCACACUAGUUCCAGAAGAUUGAAGACCUGACCUGAAGUGGUUGUUGAACAAGGAGUGAAGACGAUUCAUAGUGCGAAGAGAGCAAUGAGGGGAACAAACAGAAAAUGAAAAAGUCUGUUAUUUAAAAAAAGAGAAAGAAGUCGAGCUGUGGCUACACUUUCACUUGUUUUCCACUUUCUGUUUUACAGAGCAGAUGUGUUUGGGUCCAGAUUGUCUGUCCCUUUGUCAUGAUGCCUGGCAAGAUGCUGUGAAUGUCCCAGACUACCCAGAUGUUACACAGAAAGGUUGAAACUGUAAUUCAUCUACUUUGGAAUAAAGAGAAUGGUGGUAGGACAGAGGUCUGGUUGAGAGUUUAUCCCAUUCACGGGUCCUAGAGUGUGCAAUGUGAGGCUGUAACUGGGGCUGGGUUGUUAGUGUCUCAGCAGUCUUUGAUUGGUCCUGCUCAUCUUUCUUAGCAGUACUGAGAGUGCCUAGAAAAGCCUGUGUCCUUUCUGCUCCAGCAAUGAGCACACACUUGUAUUUAGAUCCUUUGUGUUCAACCACAAGGACCUGCUCUAGACUUUUGCAUUGAAUGUUCAGAUUUGGCAUGUAGAGUUGGAAUUGGCUCCAAAAAGAAAGCUGACUGCCUCCAUCUGAUCCUUCUGUGACAAAAUACCAUGUAGUAGGUUGGUAAUUCAGAAACAGUGAAAUAGAUCAUUUAUAAGCAGUAAUAUAGAUGAUGUAUAAACAGUAAAAUUAGUGGAUCGAUAAAUAAUAUAUAACUAGUAAGAUAGAUAAAUAGCUCUUACAGUCCUGGGAACUGUAACUUGAAGGCACUGGGACAUUUGGUAUUUAGUAAGAGAGCCUGUUCCCUCUAGAUGAUGCUGGUGCUGUCUCAGUGUUCCCAGUGACAGAAGGGACAAAAUGACAACAAGCUGAUAACUAGUUCUCCCAGGCCCUUGAAUAAAGGUAUUAAUCCAUGCACUUGUGCGAGUUGCCCCACCUAUUCGUGCAGCUCAUUGGGGAUUUCUUUCAACAUAAUUUUAGAGGGACUCUAAUUGAGACCGUAGCCCUGACAACUUGGGUAAAAAUCCGUUACCCCAGCACUCCUGCAGUGAGACCUGAACACUGAUGGAGCGAUAUUUAAGAACAAAUAUAGGGGGCUGGAGAGAUGGCUCAGGCGUUAAGGGUACUGUCUGUUCUUUCAGAGGACCUAAGUUCAAUCCCAGCACCCACAUGGCAGUUCACAACUGUCUAUAACUCCUGUUCCAGGGAUUGUGACACCCUCACACAGACAUACCUGCAGGCAAAAUACCAGUGUGCAUAAAAGCAGCUUAUUAAAAAAAUAAAAGAACAAAUGCAUAUGACUAGAAUU